AUGUCAACUUUUCAAACACUCCUCUUCACACUAUGUGUGUUGGUAGCUUCCAUUCUUUUCGCAGUCAAUAACACACAUGCUGCUGAUUCUGAAUCGUAUCUCGCAAGUGGAGCUACUCUUGUCGUGAACACACAAGCAUUGAAUAUUCGUUCUGGACCAUGUACCAAUAAACGAGUGUUGACAUCUCUCGGUAGAGGUAAACAAGUGACUUAUACUGGUAAAACAGUGAGAGGUUGUGGUUACAUGUGGCAUGCUGUUCGUGGUGCUUUUGGUUUAGGAUAUGCUGCUUCUCAAUUCUUGUCAGAGAAGAAGGGCACUCGUCCAAGUCAACCAAGUCGACCAUCUGCUCCAACUUCUGGAGGUAUGACAGCUGCUCAAUUGACAAGAUGUAUGCCUAAUUUGAGAGCUAGCAAGGCCAGUACUUAUAUUCCAUAUUUGAAUGCUGCUAUGAAGAGUGGAAAUAUUAAUACUUGUUGUCGUAAAAGUGCAUUCUUGGCUCAAUUGGCUCAUGAAAGUGGUGACCUCAACUGGUGGGUUGAAUUUGCAAGCGGAAGAGCUUAUGAAGGAAGAAGAGACCUUGGAAAUACUCAUCCAGGUGAUGGUGUGAGAUAUAAGGGACGUGGUCCAAUUCAAAUCACUGGUAGAAACAACUACAGAGCUGCUGGAAGAGCGAUUGGAAUUGAUUUGGAGAGAAACCCAACCAGAGCUUCUGAUGUUGAUGUUGGUUUCAGAACUGCUGUUUGGUUCUGGAAUUCUCGUUCAUUGAAUCAAUAUGCUGAUCGUUGUAAUCAAGCUAACUUUGAUGUCAUUACAAGAAGAAUCAAUGGUGGUUACAAUGGAAAGGCUGACAGAGAUGCCAAGUGGAGACGUAUUCGAUCUGUGUUGGGUUGUUAA